UUCUGACUUUUGAGGUAGACAAAUACUUUUUACACGUUGCGUCUUUAAUUGGAAACUUCAUGAAGGAAACUGGAUUGUUUCCGGGUAUUUGCCAUCGUUCAGAGAGACAAAAUAUAAGUAAAAUCUGCGUUUCGAUCUCUUCCGCGGGUGGACAACUAAUCUCAUAACUACACCUGAGGAAGAGAUCGGACUUCAGAUUUCGAAACGUUGUGUUACUGAUUAUUGUUGUACAACUGAACGAUGGCAAAUUUCUAGAGACAAUCCUGUGACCUUCAUGUUGUGUCGCACUGCCGACGAUGUUUCCUGUGGUGUUUGAAGAGAUUGUGGUGCUGUUUAGCGGCGUGGCGUCGUGUUUUUUGCCAACGAACUGGUUCAAGUCCGCGUUUCUGGCCAGGGCCGUGUUCGCCCUCGCUCUGGUGUUGGUGAUCGGCAUACAGCUGUUGUUCUGGUCACUCCGCGCUGCAAUCCCUCUGCUGCAGAUUGUACGACAUCCGCCGAGGAUCUGGUUCCGACACUUCUGGGCAUGUAUGAUGCCCUGAUAGGUCGGACUCCAGCAGCCCCGCAGCCCACCCCCCGCCAGCCACCCCCACAACCUCCGCCCAAACCCGCGUACAGGCCUCUCUCAGUCAUCUCCAUCGCGUCUUCUUCCUCUUCGUCCUCUUCUUCCGUGACCAGCAGCUGUUCAGGCGGCGCAGGGCGGAGACUGGGGGCCGCCGCCAAGAGUGCCGCCUACCUCGCCUCCAUAGAGUCCCUGGAGGACAGCGAUGAGUGCAAGCGACCACCGCACUUGCAGCGCCUCAAGACUCCCUCGCAGGGGUCAGGGGACAGUGGAGUACACAGCCCUUGCUCCUACAUCAGUACACCCUCCCUGCCUCACAGCCGCCCUCGCUACUGUGAUCCCCACCUCAGCUACCGAGACAGAGUUGUCAUCGAGAUCGUCGAGACGGAAGCUGUCUACGUGGCGGACCUCAGACAAGUCAUCCUGGGCUACAAGGAGAGAUGGCAGGGGAGCAUGGACUGUCCUCUCACAGACGACCAGAUGGAGGACCUCUUCAGCAACAUCGAGGACAUUUACCAUUUUAACAGCAAGUUCCUGAGAGAGCUGGAGCUGUGUGGGCUGGACCCGGUGUUGGUGGCUCGCUGCUUUGUUCGCAACAAUGAUGGCUUCUCUAUUUACACUGAAUACUGUACCAACUAUCCCAGGACUGUGAGUGUGCUGACGGAGCUGAUGAGGCAGGAGGCAGUGGUGAGGCUGUUCAGAGAACGGCAAGUCGCAUUACACCACACACUGCCUCUGGGCUCAUACCUGCUCAAACCUGUCCAGAGAAUACUCAAGUAUCAUCUACUUCUUCAGAAUAUUGUGAAACAAUCGUCACCAGAGAAUGCGGGAUAUAGUGACAUCGUGACCGCCCUGUCUACCAUGACUGCCAUCGCCCACCACAUCAACGAGAUGAAGCGCAAGCAUGAACACGCUGUCAGAGUCCAGGAGAUACAGAGUCUGUUGCUGGGCUGGGAGGGAGAGGAUCUGACAACUUUUGGAGAACUCUGCGCAGAGGGAACUUUCCGAGUCUCUGGUGCAAAAGCUCUCAGACAUGUUUUCCUCUUCGAUCAGAUACUGCUAAUAACCAAAAAGAAGGAGGAAGGAAUUCUGGGAUACAAAGCUCACAUCAUGUGCUCUAAUCUGAUGCUGAUUGAAAGCGUGCCUGGUGAGCCGUUGAGCUUCCAUGUCAUUCCGUUUGAUAAUCCUCGUCUUCAAUACACUCUUCAGGCUCGUAAUUUGGAACAAAAGCGAGAAUGGACGUUACAGUUGAAGAGAGUGAUCCUUGAAAACUACAAUGCUGUGAUUCCUUCACAUGCACGGCAGUUGGUAAUGCAGCUGGGUCAAAACCGAACUGACGAUGAGAUAUUAGCUGAGAAGGGAACACCCAAGAGACAACACUCGGCUCCCGAGUACUUGGAGAAGAGAAAACAGGAAAGAGAGCGACGUAAAUCGGAAUCCGGCUUUAGAGCUCGGUUACGUUCACGAACUUGCAGAAAUUCUGAGUCAAACAUUUGCUCAAAGGCUCAGCAAAGGCUUCGACGAAGUACCCAAAGCCGAGACAAAAAAGAGUCGCUAUCCUCCGAGAAUGUAAUGGAACGGAUGGGAAUGCGUCGCAAGUCAGAGCCUAGCUGUCUGGUGAAUGCUGUGACUUGCGACAAACGGCUGGAGAUGGGCUCGACGUCGGCUUUGACAUCGGCAGAGCUACGGAUAUCAGAGUCAGAUCUGACAUCGGCAGAGGACAAAUUGCAAGAUGGACCGACCGAGAAGAAGCGGACUCUGGAGGAAAUUGUGGGUCAGCUCCUCAUGCAGAACAGAGAGUUCCAGAGGAUACUGAACAAGCAGAAGCACUUUAUAACCAGGAGGCGAACAGCUGAUACUAGCGAUGAGGAGGAUGACUGCCGCGUGUCCAAGCCUUUAAGGCCCAGCAGAAGCCCCAGUGUGUACAGCUCCAGGCUCCCCAACUCUGGUGACUACGACAAUCUGCAGAAUGUGUGGGAGUCGGUGCAGCUCCUGGAGCAACGAGCCAGUCUCAAGCGCACUCAAUCCUUCACGAGUCACGAGUACGACAGCUCCCCGGACCACUCCCUACCUUGCAGUACUUCCCGGUUGUCCCUGGACACUCCGACCUCCCCAGCCGUGUGGCUCAAGCAGCAACAACACCUGGCGACCACGCCUACCAAGAAGUCGGGGUCUUUGCCUCGGAGCUUUCCCCUGACACAUGUGCAGGAAUGGCCUCGCCUGGGACCCGAGCGGCCAGUCACCAUCGCUUCUGACAAACCUCAGGGUCUGAACCUCGACGACAUGGAGCAGUACAUGGCCGGCGAGAAGGAGAGGUGUCUGGGCUGGAGGCUUCGAUUUCCUGUUCCUGACUAUACCACAGAAGAAGAAAGCACCACAGAGUACUUGGCGAGCACGCAAAACAUUAAUUUCCAUCCCGAAUAUAAAAUAUACAGGACUGGAAUAACUAAGGCGGCUCUGAAAUCCGUAAUAUCCAGUGUCACGAACAAACUGGCCGGCCUACGAGCGAGCACGGAAACCUUGAAUGAGAGUGAUAAUGAGAGGCGCAACAGGUUAACACAGGCUUUCAACAAGUUCAGACGCAAGGAGCCCGAUGAUGAGUCUCCCACUUAUAAACAAGGCAGCUCAAGUCUUGGAGCUCGGAUCGCUCAUGGAUCGGAGACCUCGGACUAUGCCGAUCCAAGAGUCCUUUUUCCAUCUAUUACACCUUCAAAGAAAGCUGCAUCUCUCCUGGGUAUUCGACCAUACUCAGUGCUCUCCUUAGUGUCAAAUCUGACGUCAUCCAGUGAUGGAGACAAAACAUCCGGUUACGGAGGGAGCAUUGCAUCCACGGUCCAGGACAACGGAAAGAAAGACGAACACGAGAGCGAUGGAUCCGCUGAUAGUUUUUACGAGCGUUCUUUUGAAGCUAUGGAGUCGAUGAUGGACUCGGAAAUAUUUAGAGACAGUGCCAUAUUCAGUGACCCCGAUGAGAUGUUCGAUCACGGAAUCGUGAAAUCACAUGUAAUGAAGCCUUCUCCUCAGGGCAAACCGAAAAUACCUCCACCUGUUCCUGCAAAACCCACAAACUUGAAAGUGAUCUGGAGGAUAAACACCAACUUAAGUAGCAGCAACACUCCGGAACCGAGCAAGCGAGAAGACAAGGAAGCGGACGACUGUGAUUCCAGUUCGGUGGCUUCUACAGUGAUCGAGUCAACUUCCAGCAAGGGAUGGGUGAGACACGUCAUCGGCAAACUGCAGGGUGACUCAGCUCAAUCUUAAAUAAUACUAAUAGUUCAAAACAUUGUUUUGCUUAACUGAGACAAUAAUUAGAGUAUUGGAAUUUGACAGGAAUUUUAAUUAGCAAACUUCUAGUUGACUAACGAUUUCAGGGUCGCACACAAUAUUAGAGAAACCUUAGCUUUUAUAUCAUACUAUCCAAUUUUAGCAACCACCCAGCUUUAGAAAGAUUUCCAUAAAGCUGCUGUGCAGUAUAACUAAUUGACAAUAUUCUAUAUUACCACUUGUGCAAUAAAUUAUUAUAAAGACUGCUAUUUAUUACAGUUUGACAAUAAUGUUUUGAACGUUUACAAACAUGAAAAUAUACCAGUUUUAAGGUAUGUCACGAUCUCUUUGCUUCUAAUCGAAUCAAAUACAGAGCUUAAAACUAUUAUUACAUUUUCUUAUUUUGAUAUGUGAAUAAUGUAUUGUAGUUGUAUAGGCACUUAUUUUGUAGCUCAAUAAAUUAAUUCUAUUUUAACAAAAUAUUUGUAAAAAUGUAAAUGUUUUAGUUCUUCAUAAAAUGUAUACAUACCAGCAAUUGCAUUACUGAAAUAAAUAAUUAUUAUUAUAAUAAAAAUACUGCUAACUUAGAUGUGUA